AUGGAAGAAAUUACCACAUCACGACAAUCCAUGAUUAUGGAUAGAACUCGUUUAAGUCAAAGAAAGGAAAGGGAAGAGAUUAUGGAAUGGUUAGCAAAAAGAGAUAUCAUUGUAUUAGAUAUGUGGAAUGAUUAUGUUAUACAAAGUGUGUCUGGCGCGCGAGGAGGCUGCUGUGAAGUUGCGCUUGGCGCACGGGUGUGCCUGGUUGGCCUGCAGUGGGCUGCUUGCCCUGUUGUAAAUGUGACUGGCCUGCUUCGGGCUGCCUGGCCUGCGAGCAAGGGGGUGCAAGGGAGCGCGCAGGUAAGGCUUGUGGCACGCGAGCAAAGGCGCAAGAGGGAGGGCUGUGGCAGGCCUGUGGUGCGCGAGCUGGCUGUGGCAUGCUUAGGCAGUGGGACGUUGAUGCUGGCCUAUGAUGAGUGA